UGAGGUUAUGUUUAUGUUUUUAGACCAUGUGCUGAUUUUGAAUACAUUUGUACUUUUAUUGCAUUACCUCUCCCCGUAUUUUCUAGUAUGAUAAAUCAUUUUAUUCUUCUCUUUUUUACUUAAUUUGUGAUUUUUACCCCUGGACAGCAACUGUCAUCCCAAAAGAAGGUAAUUUUAUACCUUAACUCAAGAACUCUAUUGCAACAAGUGUGCCUCAUGCAUCAGAUUUAACUUCACAAUGAAUGCCCCUAAAUCUUUUAAAGGCAAAAAGUUUAAAAAGAAACCCAAAAAGUUUGAGAUUAAAGUAGUGUCACGCAAAGAACGACGAAAGGCACUGCGGAAGGAGAAAAAAUCCAAGAAGUCUUCAAAGCAAGUUGCUGAAACCUCGCCAUCACCUAAAAAGAGCAAAAAUACAGUCAAAUCAAUCCUUAAGAAACCCACCUCAGAUCCUAGCAAGAAAAGUGUAAGGUUCAAGAACUCGUCUGAAAUUCAAGAUGAUCUACGCUCCAGAGAGAAGCAGUCGCGUGCACAGCUGGAGAAAGAUAUGGCACUCGCAAGAAGGAAACAACUUAUGCAAGCCAACGAUGAAGAAGAUCGAAAUAUUCGGCAGUUAGAAAAGUUAUUGAAAUUGAACAAGAAGAAACAGAAGAGCAUCCCCAAGGCAUUCAAGGAAGAUGGAUUGGAUUACCUUUUAGAAAUAUGUGAUCUGGACUACACUAAAAACCUGCCUCCAAACGUACUUGAAAAUGAUAUUGAAGAAAUGGCGGAAAGAGAAAAAGAAAAAUUUAAAAAUGAUAAAUCAAAGAAUAAGCGUAAAAGUGAUGAUGAUGAUGAAGCACCUGAAGAAAAGAGUAGUAAAAAACCAAAAAUUAGCAAAUCGGUACCCGAAAAAUCCACCAAAAAAGGUGACAAUAAAAAAAGUGAGGAGAUGAAUGAAGAUGCGGAUGAAAUGGAGGCUGAUAGGGAGGUUGAAUUCGGUAGUAAUAUUGGCGAUGGGAGUGAUGUCGGCGAAGCCAACGAUAUCUCUGAUCUAGAAGAUAACAUGGAAAUGAGCUUCAAUGAUGGAGAAGAAGAUAUUGAGUCUAAUAGUGACAUCCCAGACAUGGAAGAAGAAUUCGAGCUCCAAAGUGGUAGCGGUAAUGGCAGUGAUGUCGCAAAUGAAGAUGAAGUCGAAGACAUGGAAGGAGAGUUUGAACUGCAAAGUGGUAGCGAGAGUGGCAAUGAUAUUGCAGACGAAGAUGAAGAUGGAAACAUGGAAGAGGAAUUCGAACAAAACGAUAGCAGCAACAGUGAUGAUAUCACUGCAGAUGACAGUCGUUACGAUUUCAGUGAUGAAGAGAGUGAAACUGAAAUCCAGAAAGCACCAAAAAAUAAGGCAUUAGAGCUCCCUGAUGGACAGUGGGAAGAUAUUUAUGGCAGGCUAAGAGACAAAAAAGGGAAUAUCAUUCAGGAGAAAACCUCAGGGAAAUAUGUACCUCCUGCCAUGAGGGAAAAACUUGAAGAAGUUGACGAAAAUAAAGCAGCUGAAAUGAUGCGACUCAGAAAGCUAAUGAAAGGUCUCAUCAAUCGACUUGCAGAAGGGAAUAUGCCUUCUAUAUCUAAACAAGUGGAAGAUAUUUACAUGUCCCACAGCAGAAAUUCUACGAAUGAGAUGUUAUUUAAACUCUUCGAGGAAGCAAUUGUUGCGGAAACCCUUACGCCAGAGAAACUUAUUUUAGAGCAUGCCAUGUUGAUUGCAAUUCUUCAUGCCAAUGUAGGCACUGAAGUCGGUGCCUACUUCAUGCAAGAAUUGAUCAAGAAAUUUGACGGCUAUUAUAAAGAUGAUUUGAUAAUUGAAGAUAAGAAACUAGAUAAUUUACUUUACCUUCUAGCUCAUAUGUAUACUUUUAAGAUUUUCAAUGGCUGUUUACUUUAUGAUAUGGUCAAUCAAUUCUGUGAUAACUUUAGCGAAAAGGAUAUUGAUCUGAUUUUAAUUGUUUUGAAGUCAGUGGGAUUUAAUUUGCGGAAAGAUGACCCUGGUGCUUUGAAACAGUUAAUUGUGAAAAUACAACUUCGAGCCAACAAAGAAACUAAGCUAGCUGAAGGAUCUCGUGUAAAAUUCAUGAUUGAAAUCUUGCUUGCUGUGAAAAACAAUAAUUUUGCCAAGAUUCCAGGUUAUGAUACCACUACUUCAGAAAGAUUGAAGAAGUUAGUCAAAAAUAUAAUUCGAGCCGGCAAAUAUAUCUCAGAACUAAAAAUCACCUUGGAUGACUUGAGAAAUGCUGACCAAAGAGGUCGAUGGUGGAUUGUAGGAUCUGCAUGGACAGGUGCCUUACCUCAACAUCCUGGCAAGUCUACUAAAACAAAUAUUGAGCCACAAUUCAGCAGUGAGAUUUUACAAUUGGCUAGGAAACAGCGAAUGAACACUGACACUAGGCGAAACAUAUUUUGUAUCCUGAUGACCGCUGAGGACUACUUGGACGCUUUUGAGAAAUUGCUUCACCUUGGUCUAAAAGGAUCGCAGGAACAGGAGAUUUUGCGUGUUGUUGUUCAUUGUUUAUUGCAAGAAAAGCAAUUUAACUUGUACUAUGCCUACCUAGCUCAACAUUUUUGUGAGGCUGAUCGGAAGUAUCAGCUGAACAUCCAGUAUACUUCGUGGGACAAGUUUAAAGAUUUGAGCUCCAUGUCCUCUGUUCAGAUCAGCAAUUUUGCCAAGUUUUUAGCGCAUCUGUUCCUAGCAAAAGCUGUGCCUAUCUCCAUUCUGAAGGUGCUGCAUUUUACCGACUUGGAUGAGGCAGGGUUAAAGUUUUUGCGGCAGCUUCUAUCUAUUAUUCUAUUGGCAGACUCGGAUGAUAAGGUUACCGAUGUUUUCGUUCGGGUUUCGAAAGCUCCAAAGCUGAAGCUUUUCCGUGAAAGUUUGCGGCUCUUCUUCCAUCAUUUCCUUCUUAAAAACGCGUCAAAGUUACCAGAUGUAUCGGAAAAUAAAUUGGAUCUCCUCAAGCGCCGAAUCCCCAUUGCGGAAAAAGCAUUAAUCGGAUCAACAGAUCCCUUUGGCUAGUAGAAUAUCAUAUGUACAAAUAGGAUUCUCUUGUGUUCAGCUUCUAAAUCUAAGUUUUAUGACAUCAGGCGUUUUUGUUUUUGUAAAGUGUAAAUAAAAAAAUCUUUUUAAGUUUA